GGGCGGCGACACUCCCCUCCUCUCGGCUCCACGGCGUGGGACGCGCGGCGCGAAAGUGGUUUCGGAGGGAUGUCCGCCUUCUCCGAGGCGGCGCUGGAGAAGAAGCUGUCCGAGUUGAGCAACUCGCAGCAGAGCGUGCAGACCCUGUCCCUGUGGCUCAUCCACCAUCGCAAACACUCGCGGCCCAUCGUCACGGUGUGGGAGCGGGAGCUGCGCAAAGCCAAACCCAACAGGAAGCUUACUUUUCUCUACCUGGCCAAUGAUGUCAUUCAGAACAGCAAAAGGAAGGGACCAGAGUUCACAAAAGAUUUUGCACCAGUCAUAGUGGAGGCAUUCAAGCAUGUUUCAAGUGAAACUGAUGAAAGUUGCAAGAAGCACCUUGGGAGAGUGUUAUCUAUUUGGGAAGAACGAUCUGUUUAUGAAAAUGAUGUAUUAGAGCAACUUAAGCAUGCCCUGUAUGGAGAUAAGAAGACGAGGAAGAGGACUUACGAGCAAAUAAAGGUGGAUGAGAAUGAAAAUUGUUCCUCUUUAGGGUCCCCAAGUGAACCACCACAGACUCUCGACCUUGUUAGAGCAUUACAAGAUUUAGAAAAUGCAGCCUCAGGUGACGCAGCAGUCCAUCAAAGGAUCGCUUCUUUGCCUGUUGAAGUUCAAGAAGUAUCCCUGCUUGAGAAAAUAACAGAUAAAGAAUCUGGAGAGAGGCUUUCUAAAAUGGUAGAGGAUGCUUGCAUGCUGCUGGCAGACUAUAAUGGCAGACUGGCGGCAGAGAUAGAUGAUAGAAAGCAACUCACCCGAAUGUUAGCAGAUUUUCUUCGGUGUCAAAAGGAAGCCCUUGCAGAGAAAGAACAUAAAUUGGAAGAAUACAAGCGCAAGUUAGCCAGAGUUUCCCUGGUGCGUAAAGAACUCAGAGCCCGGAUCCAGAGCCUGCCAGAUUUAUCUCGACUGCCCAGUGUCACUGGCAGUCACAUGCACCUACCUUUUGCCGGGGACAUCUACGGUGAAGAUUGAUGGCCAGUCUCCUCCAGGGCCAGGACUUUGCCAGACAUGGAGACAGGUUAGGUGAAUAGUCCUGUACAGUUAUUUUUGUACGUGUUGUGAGAAUGGUACUAACACAAGAAAUGACAAGGAAUUAUAAAAUGGUUUAAAAUAUUGGUUUGUUUACUAUUUUAUUAGUGAGUUAACAUGAAUUAAAGCCAAGUGAUGAUUUCUGUGUAUUAAUGAGCUUAAAAAUAAUGAUUAUUUUCAAACGAUCUUUUUGUAAGUUUUUUUUUGAUCCAAGGCCUUGUGAGAAAUUCCAUGUUUCUAUUUCUUCUUGUAUUUUCAAUUAUUUUUCUUUAUUUUUUUCAGUAUCUAAUCACUGUACACUGUCUAAUUCCUUAAGAGAAGAACUGAUCAGGAGCUGAUGUGAGACUGUAUUAUGGUAUUGUUAGGACUUGAUUAUAGAAGAGACUAAAUGUUUCAACUUCACGUUUAUCCUUGCCACCCAAGUAUUGGUUCUCUUGUUCUCAUGCCUUUGAGUUUUAACACUAGACAUGGAUGCCACGUGAAGGGUCAAGUUAAAGCCUAGAGAAUGUUUCCCUGGUAGCACUAUAGUAAUUCCAUUCCAAAUGCCAAUCCAGAAUAAAAGGCCUGUAUAAUAGAGACUUCCUUGAUGACACUAUUUAGAGCUUACGUGCAUUUAAUGCUUUAAGAAUGUUGUAAGUUUUGACAUCCUACCACAAGGACAACUCCAGCUCUAUAGCUGACUGCUUCUGUCAGGUCAAUCUUCUUCCAUCAUUGAUCCUGUUAAUAAAAUGUCAGGUGUAGGGAGUAAAGGAAAGCAUCUCAAGCAAUGAGAUGCUUAAUCCCUGGUCCAUAUAACUUAAGCAAUGGCACUUAGCUUGAGUACCUCAAGAACUCAGUAUCCAUAAUGUUCAGUUAUGUAGCCUGGGGCAUUUUAUUUCCUAAAGGUUUUUGAGUGACUGUGUAAUUGGGAACUAAGCAAUGCUAUACUACAGGGUAGAUGUGGUGAAUUUUAUAUUUGUAUGUUUACAGAUGUAAAUACAGAGCAAGUGUCCCUUUACCUUUACUUGAACCCGGUGUGUUAGAGCAGCUGCAUGCUCUUCAGCUUUCUUUAAGUUAAUUGUGAACCUGCAGGUUUGUAUUUGAUAAUGACGGGGGGGGGGUAUUUUUCUCCUUUAUUGCUUUGCAUUUCUCAUUAUAAUCAGAGUCAAACUAAAUAGUUAAUAGAACACCUUUUAAAUUUCACAGGCCAGUCAUACUCACUUCUCUGAAUGGCUUCACUAUUUCUUUCCCAGUAUUAGAGGUUAUAGUUGAAGAGAAUUUACAUGUGAAGUUAACGACAGGUAAUUUAUCUUUACUAGCCAGUAGAUUGGGAAAUAGUGCUUUUAACAAUCUGACCUCUCUCCAAAACAGUUAUAUGAAUGGCAUCAUCCCAUCCCUGCUUGUCCUAUCUUUCAAUGAUUUAGACAACUUUUGGAAGUUAGGACACAUUUCUUGACAGAACCUAGAGCAGUUCUGUGCACACCCCUGAAGCUCAGCUGGCAGCCAAAUCCACUUGACCAUGGAUGUACUGUAACGUGGCUGAGGAGUGGCUCAUGGCACACUCUGAGCCCCAUUUGUCUGUCACAGUAAGGAGUUUGUGUGCAGCAGCCAGACCCUCACACUUGGGUGUCUGCCAGUGCUGCUGUCUUUUUCCCUAGGUGUAGGGAGCGAAGAAAAGAUUCAGCAAAGGAGGUGGGCAGGUGCACAGUGCACACCUGAUUAGGCCUGUUUUAAAGUAUGCCAAGUCAGUUGUUGUUGAUGUUUUUAAAAGCAAAGCCUUGUGUAUUAACUUAUUUUCACUAUCAUGACCUUAUUUAUGAUUUGUUGACAUGGUGAUUUAAUCCAUCUAAAAUAGUUACUUUUCCAUUUAAAACUAAUUUAUAAAUGGUAUACACUUGAGAAGAUAUAAAAUCUUUUAGAAGUUUGCUGAAAUAUUUUCACCAUGAAGACAGACUUAGAUACUCUUUUGAUGCCAGUAUCUGAUCUAAAUAUUUAUGAUAAAAUGUAUUAUUUUUUUAAAGAGCUUGAUGAGAUCUGUGAUAAAUGCUAGUACUCAAAACCUGAGCCCCACAAACCUCAAGUUGUUGGUUAGCUCACUAACUGAACACAAACUGUACAGUUUAUUUUAGAAGUAAGUUUUUCAGCCUUACAGUAAUAAACAUGGUAAGCAUUAGGAGAUCCUAAAAGGAAGCUUUCACAGUGGGCUUAAGCUGGGUGUAGUGGUGCACGCCUUUAACUUCAGUAGUUGAAAGGCAGUGGUAGGAAGAUCUCUGAAUUCGAGGCCAGUGUGUUCUGUAGAGUGAGGCCUAUGCCGUUAAAGGUAGAUAGUGAGACUUUGCCUUAAGAAAGAAAUGUAUUUAGGUGAAGCGUAUAAAAUACCAAACUCUGAAUCAUGCACAUUUUCUCUACCAUGUGCCUGAGAGAGCAGCCUGGUCUAGCCCUCAGGGGAAAGCGUGUCACAUUUGUAGCAGGGUCCUGUGCUGUGAAUGGACACCAUUCCUCUUUUCUCCACAAACAGUGCAGAGAGCUGUCGGAGUGGCAAUUGGAGCAGAUUCCCCGAUGCUCCCUCUGCUCUUGCAACACUACAGUAAGUAAAAGAACCACAGGGGGAGCUGGGAGCCUGGAAAUGAGCUAUGCUCUGCAGUGAGCUUUCCCUGAGGAAGACCAUCCCGCCUGCAGCUGCUGGGAUAGCUCAUCACAGCAUUCUGAAUCAGGGUUUUUCUAUAAGGAAUCCUUUAGAAUCAACAAAAGCUAGGAUGAUCCAGCCAUCAUGAUUUUUAAAGUUCACAGAAUGUUGUCCGCUGUCACUGUGGUGAACAACUCCACAAUGUGUGGUUCACGAACUGGUCUGAGAAGACUGAAGAGAAGGACGGUGACUGGGAGGUAGGAGGGCCUUCCUGAAUUCCCACUCUGAAACUGAGAUGUGAAGCAACACAAAGCCCCUGCGCUGCUUUACUAGCUGUUAGAAGUUAUUCUUUAGGUGAGCCUUGCUUCUCAAUUGUGCUAUAAAAAGCUUUUAACAGUGUGAACUCAGUUCUUCUGUAUAGAAAGGGAACAUUGGAUUACUUAAUGGGUUGAUUUACGUAGCGCAUUUGUUGCCAUCAGCAGUCUGAGAUGGCAGGAGCACAUGGGAAGAGGAUUCUCCCUGUCUUUUACAAACCCCUUUCUUUGGCUGUACCUGAUGACAGUGUAAGAUCUUAAUAAAGUUUUAUGUUGUUUUUGAA